GAAAGGACAUCAAUAAGAAGCGCCCAUCCAGUCCCCAUUCAAAAUCUGGAGGGAGAGAAUGGGAAGGCUUCACUUGUCUCUGGCUGCUGUCCUGCUCCUGGCCUCCUCUGUGGAGGCACAGUGGUGGAACGUCAUUUGGGCGAGCCCAAAGAGCAUCCCCAGCUCUCCCCAACCAUCUGCCAUCACCACCACGGAGCCUUCUGCCACCCCAGGCUUGGCAGGCUGGUUAGGAUGGAAUCAGCAGGCUACUGAUGCAGCUCUGAAUAUCAGCACUCACCCAGAGACCCCGACUCCCAUCUCGGUUUUGUCUAACUUGGACAUCAGCACUGCUGGAGCUGGGACUCCGUCCACAGAGGACAACUCUGCUGGAACCAGCAGCACGACCAGACCCACUUCAAGACCUUUAAAACACUGGAAAAGUGACUCGCGGGGUCACCUGGACUUGACAGAGUUGAUUGGCGUGCCCCUCCCUCCCUCUGUGUCCUUCACCCCUGGGUAUGAGGGGUUUCCAGCCUACAACUUCGGACCUGACGCCAACAUCGGCAGACUCACCAAGGUCUUCUUGGCUGAGGCCUUCUACAAGGACUUUGCCAUCAUUGUCACGGUGCGCCCAAGCAGCUCCAGGGGUGGGGUCCUCUUUGCCAUCACUGAUGCCCACCAGAAGGUGGUGGAGCUGGGUUUGGCCCUCACCCCAGUCCGAGAUGGACUCCAGAGUAUCUUGCUGUACUAUACAGACCGAGAGCUGGCCUCUCACAGCCACAAAGCAGCAGCCUUCAGCGUGCCAGACAUGACUGACCAGUGGACACGGUUCACUGUGGUGGUGGAGCGUGAGGAGGUACGACUUUACAUGGACUGCGGGGAGGCAGAGAGGACCACUUUCCAUCGAAGGCCUGAGGGGCUGACCUUCUCACACAACUCUGGAAUAUUUGUCGCAAAUGCAGGAAGCACAGGCCUGGAAAAGUUUGUGGGAUCGAUUCAGCAGCUGGUAAUAAAGGAUGACCCCAGAGCAGCAGAGGAGCAGUGCGAGGACGACGACCCCGACGCUUCUGGCUUCGGGAGUGGAGACGAUUCUCUGGAUGACAGAGAGACUGAAGAAGAAUAUAAGAAGAAGUCAGAAGGGAGGAAGAAGCAGCCAGCGAAAAAGGAGGAGGAGAGUGUUCCGGUCCAAGCUCCACCCACUGAGGCUCCCACAGGCGACAGUGACCACUACGCAGGUCCACAAAAGACAGAAGAACCAGGGGAGAGACCUGGAUCAGGUCAUGUCAAACUCGGGCCAAAGGGCGAACCAGGUCGCAGAGGCCCACCUGGGCCCCCAGGUCCCUCUGCACUACCGGGAGGUCAACCUGGGCCACGAGGUCCUGCAGGAACUCCUGGGCAACCAGGAACCCCGGGAAAAGACGGACCUCAGGGAAGCAAGGGUGAGAAAGGAGAUACUGGCAAGAGAGGAGCACAGGGGGUGCCAGGUUUGGCGGGAGAAGCAGGAGUCAAGGGAGAAAAGGGAGACCCUGGAGUCGGACUGCCAGGCUCUCCAGGUCCGCCCGGGCCUCCUGGACCACCCAGAUCCCGCAGUGUACAUUACGGCGCUGACGCUAUUGGAUCUGGUUUUGAUGACCUGGACUCUGACAUCGACCCGAUCAGGGGUCCUCCUGGUCCACCAGGCCCUCCAGGACCACCUGGUCCACCUGGACAUAACCUGUUCUCAGGUUCUGGUGACAGUCACUCUUCUGGAAAUGUCGUCCCAUCUGGUGCUCCUGGUAUAGAUGGGCUUAAGGGGAUUCCUGGGAUACCAAUUAUUGACGAUUGGUUUAGCGGGUCAGGGCUCGACGGCUCGGGUCAGAGUUCAGAGUUUAGCUCUGACCGUGACCCUGGUCUUGGUUCUGGGCUCAUUUUGGGUACUAGUUCUGAGCCUGACUUCGGGUCGUCAUGGGUGUCAGGCGAGGGUCCAGCUGGAAGAGAUGGUAUUCCAGGCUCUCCAGGUGCUGAGGGACAGAAGGGGGAGCAAGGGGUGCGUGGCUCUCCAGGACCAAAGGGUGAAUGUGGAUUGGAGGGCACUGUCGGGGUAGCAGGCACUCCAGGGCCUCAAGGUCCACAAGGGAAGAGAGGUCCACCAGGUCCGCCUGGUCCUCCCGGGCCACCUGGAGCUUUAGCAACCAAGUUCUUCAUUGAGGACUUGGAGGGAUCUGGUAAAAGUGACGCGUCCAUUGGAUCAGGAGUCCGUGCCCCACAGGGUCCUCCUGGUCUUCCUGGUCCAAAGGGUGAAGAUGGCGCCCCUGGUGUUCCAGGACUCUCUGUGAAGGGGGAACCAGGAGAUCCAGGACCAGAUGGUAUUCAGGGUCCUGCAGGACUACCAGGUCCAAGGGGAGCAAAGGGAGAAAAAGGAAACCCUGGACCAAAGGGAGAGUGUGGUCCUGAUGGACUCACUAUCAGAGGACCCCCUGGUCCUCCUGGACCCCCUGGACCAGCGAUCAACCUGCAAGAGCUGCUCAUGGAGUCAGGUGGAUUUAACAUCAACCUUACAGAGCUCACUGGACAAAAGGGCCCUGAAGGAGUCCCUGGAAGAGCUGGAUUUCCAGGUCCCAGAGGUCCAAAAGGAGACAAGGGUCCUUCAGGUGCUCAAGGACUAGCUGGGCUCAAGGGGGAGAAAGGAGAACCAGGGGUCAUCAUUGCUGCUGACGGAUCCUUGUUGUCAGCUCCAAGAGGUCCUCAGGGUCCAAAAGGCAUGAAGGGUGACCGAGGGUUUCCUGGCUCCACUGGACUAAUGGGCCCGAUCGGUCCGACUGGACAGAAGGGAGAAUAUGGUUUUCCCGGUCGCCCGGGACGACCGGGGAUGCCAGGAAAGAAAGGAGACAGAGGAGAGACAGUCGGGGUGCCUGGACCACCUGGUCCACCGGGGCCACCUGGACUUCCAGGACGAGUUGUUGGACUUUCUGGAGAGUCUGUUGUACAUGGCGCUAAAGGAGAUAAAGGAGAUGCUGGACUACCCGGGGAGCCAGGGCUGGGAUUACCAGACAUAAUCAUGGGCGAACAAGGGGAGCCAGGAUACAGGGGUCAGAAAGGAGAGAAGGGUGAGUCGGGCCCCCCAGGACCACCAGGUUUGCCAGGGCGAUCAGGACUUGUGGGUCCAAAAGGAGAAGCCAAUGUGGGUCCAGCAGGACCUCCAGGGCUUCCAGGCCCAUCUGGACCUCCUGGAAUUGGACAGCCGGGUCCCAGAGGAAACCCAGGACCACCUGGACCCCCAGGUCCUGUGGUGGCGCAUGGAUCAGGCAUCAGUGUACCUGGGCCACCUGGUCCACCUGGCCCGCCUGGGUCACCGGGAUACACCAGUCCGGUGUCAACCUUCCAGACCACCCAGGCUCUGACCAGAGAGGCUCAGUGGGCCUCAGAAGGAACCUUGGCGUACGUGUCGGAGCGUGGCGGGGAGCUGUACAUCAGAACCCAGCAUGGCUGGCACAAAAUACCGCUUGGAGAGCUGCUCCAUCACCGACCCUUACCAUCAGGAACAUCUGAGCCCCUCAGCAGACGCGGAGACUGGAACAGGUCCCACAGGAGCCACAAUCAGGAGCUGCACGAAGGCAGCAGAGGUUUUCAGCCGAGCUUUAACGUGCUGCCUGACACCUUCAACGCCGUGCCUGGGCUCCAUCUGGUGGCCCUGAAUGCACCACUCAAAGGAGACAUGAGGGGAAUCCGAGGGGCAGACUACCAGUGUUACCAGCAAGCACGAGCCAUGGGACUAACAGCCACCUACAGGGCCUUCCUGUCCUCUCACCUUCAGGACUUGGCCACCAUCGUCAGAAAGGCUGACCGCAUGGACAUGCCGGUGGUCAAUCUCAGGGGAGAAAUGUUGUUCAGCAGCUGGGUGUCCAUCUUCACUGGGAACGGUGGCAUAUUUAAUCCUUCCACGCCUAUAUACUCCUUCGACGGCCGUAAUGUGAUGACCGACGCAGCAUGGCCGGAGAAGAUGAUCUGGCACGGCUCCAGCACAGUGGGCAUCCGUCUGACCACAAACUACUGCGAGGCCUGGAGGACAGCUGACAUGGCUGUCACGGGUCAGGCGGCGCUGUUGCAGACAGGGCGCCUGCUGGGCCAGCAGACCCGCUCCUGCUCCAACCACUACAUUGUUCUGUGUAUAGAGAACACAUACGUGGGCAACCUCCACCACCGCAGGCCCUGAGGAGGAGGCACACUUCCAGUCGCAGAGCAUCUGACAGACACAUGAAGGACACUAUCAGUUCUAUCAGCUUUUGUGUCAGUUUCACUCGUCCAAGGUUCAGGUAUUUAUUCUCUUUCUUGCGCUGAUGAGGAGCUGUAAUAGGUUUUGACUAUUUCAUCACCCUCAUUUGACUUAGGUUUAAAAAUAAACACACGGUCCAUAAUGCCAACAAGCUCCUGGACACUGACUUGUCACACAACAACACGCAGCCUGUAUUGUCUUUGUCUGUUCACCUCUCUGUAGUUUGACGCCCUUCCACCAGACUGACAACGGGAACUGGUAUUUGGUUUUCAGAGCCUGUCACUGUUGCAACUAUUUGUUGUGUUUGUUUCACAAUAUAUUGCUCGAUUCCAGUCGCAAACAUAAAUUCACCAAAAGUUAUUUAACAGUAGCUCUUGUGGGGGCGGAAAGUAGAAAAAAAUGACCCACUACUGGAACUCCGGAGGUUUUAUAACAACACCUCUUUAUAUUUAUAUCCAUCACAGGAUACUUUUUCUAAACUAGCAGAUUGUUAAUAUUAUGAAAAUGUACAUACGUUUUGUUUUUUUAAACUUGGUAGGUAGCUUCUGUUGUUCAACUCAAUGAAAACAUUGAUUUGAGGUGCCUGAUGUGGUUUCAACAAAAUCUCUGAAGAAGAACCAGACUGGCUGGUGCUCACUGAAUAAACGUUUUCUUGUCUGUUUUUUUUUAAGUGCAGCCUCUUCUUCAAUUUCAUGGU